AUGGGAAAGAAAAAUGAUGUCUAUCGUAUAUGGAACAAAUUAAAGAAUAGAGGUAAGGUCAACAGUUCAAGUUAUCUUUCCAUGAUAUGUGGACUGGAAAAGUUAGAUGAUAUUGAUGGUGCAGAGAAGAUAUUUGCCGAGUGGGAAGUGAACCAUAUAUAUUUUGACAUUAGAAUUCCAAAUUUGCUCAUAGCCAUUUACUGCAGAAAGGGUGAUUUGGAAAAGGCUGAAUCGAUCAUAAAAAGACUCUUGGAGAGUGGGAAGAGGCCAAACUUUAGAACAUGGGAUCAUCUGGCAGUCGGAUAUUGUUCACACGAUCAGAUGGAGAAGGCAGUUGAAGCAUUGAAGAAAGUGAUCUUGGCAUGUGAGCCAAGGUUGAAGACACACAUUUACAGUUUGGCUUCCUGUGUUGAUUACUUGCAGUCGAAUGGAGACGCUGAAAGAGAACAAGAGAUUAAAAGAUUGCUUGCCUCUUCUCAGCAGAGUAUGAAAAGUUUGAAAACUGCAUUAGAAGUGUAA